AUGGAGAACGUCACUUUGACGACGCAUGUCGGUGGUGGUGCCCUCAACACGAGGAUCAACUUUGAGCUGAACGCCAUGGAGAAUAUCCUGGCUGUUGUGGGCGACGAUGGGCAGUUCACUGGCGCGGAGCCAUUAGCGCCAGUCAAUACGAAGGCAUUCCAGUCGCUUACAUAG